GGAGGUGCAGCACUUCUUAAUUGGACUCCGCGAGCUUAAAUGGUCUUCCAUCAGCUUCCUGUGGAUUCAUGUGAAGACAUGCAGGCAUCAAACAAGACUUAAGAACAGUCUUUCACAGGCAGUAGAUAGUAAAGCACCAGUCCAGCUAUGUUCAGAGCAGUGUUUGGAAACAAGAGAGAGGGAGGAGGAAAACAAGGAGGAAAACAAGGAGGAAAAAAGAGCCAGAGACAUCCAGGUGGAGAGGUGUACAGUCACAGCACCUUGCAGAGGGAUAGUGGCGGGCGUGCCACACACUUCCAGGACCAUGACAGUGGCUACACUGAAAGCCCAGUAAAACUGAUGAGACUGACCAAGGGCAUGUCCAUUUCUUUGCCAUCCUCCCCUCUUCUCCCUCGCCAGGCCAACGUGGUUCCCUCUCAGUCUUGCAUCAAGUUCACAGGACGGGUAAGGAAGCUGGAGUAUGUGGAUGGCUCUUCCAGUGCGAGAGAACCUCCUGUCUUUGCCUCGUGCCGUGGCAAGACAGACCACAGAGAUCUCCACGUGGAGCCCCAGCUGGGCUCCUCCCUUUCUACCCAGGAACUGAUGACCAGACUAUGCUUCUUAUUGGGAGAAGUAACACCCGGCACUGCUAGCUCUCCUAUGGAGGACAGGAGGGAAAAGAAGUGUGAUACCUCUGCCCAGGGGGGGAGUCCCAGCUCCACCCUGACCUGCAGCACUGCCUCCCCCUGUUCAGAGAGCCCUUCUUCUACCUUGAGCACCAGUGCUGGAGGCCAGCCUUUGCCCCAGCCUUUACCCUUACCUUCACCGCAUUGCAGCUCCAGCACCAGCCCCAGUGGAACUCUUUCCAGCCCUGCACCCAGCCCCGCCCCUUGUCCUGCUCCGGGACCCAUCACCGGGAGCAGCCCUGGGCCUCCUUGUCAAAGCCCGACCUCCACCCUGGAGAGCAAGGAUAGUGGAAUCAUAGCAACCAUCACUAGUUCCUCUGAGAAUGAGGAGCGCAGCACCUCCAGUGAGGUUCUGACUAAGGAUGAAGGCCUGGGGGGCGGUGCUGGUGUGAUGGGCCUUGCAAGCGAGGAUCGCCAUCCUGGGCCAACCAGGGACAAACUUACCACCCAACCAGAUGAGGCCUUACCUAGGACUGACAUCAUGGAGCCCAGGACUCCACCAGCACCGAAAAGACCCCUCCCACAGCACCACAUACACUGCACUUCCUCCCUUGUGAUGCCCCGUCCAAAUUCUGUGGCAGCAACCAGCUCUACUCGACUGGAGGAUUUGAGUUAUCUGGACAACCAAAGGGCUGCUGGACACAGAAGCUCCGUCCGUAAACACAACACAGCUGGACGCACAAAUGAUGACUCCAAAGGGAGAUUGGUGCCAUUCAAACAAGCCGACAUCAUGCUAAAACCGCUGCUGUUUGAAGUCCCCGGCAUCACCGCAGAAACACCUUUUGUUGGCCGGGAUUGGCUCUUCACACGUCUGGAGGAGGUCCUGAGAAAAACGAGCAGCUGUGAGGGACGCGGGGCUGUCAUUGUGGGUAACGCAGGAUCCGGCAAGACUGCUAUCAUCUGGCGACUGGUGACGCUCAGCUGUCAUGGCAUGCGCACACCACAGGGAGGUCCCAGCAUCCUUCACAGCCCCAGCUCCUCCCCUAAAUGUGGGGAUAGGCAGGGAAAAGCAGCCUCCAAACAGCCAGCUGAUUCCCAGCCCAACCAGAGUGCUGUUGCAGGAACAAGCGAUAGUACAGCACAGAGGAAGGAGGCUGUCAGAUGCCUAGCUGCCAAGGUGGUAGCUUACCAUUUCUGUCAGGCUGACAACACCUACACCUGCCUGGUGCCGGAGUUUGUACACAGUGUCGCCGCCCUGUUGGCCAGAGCUCCACAGCUCACCCCGUACAGGGAGCUGUUGGUACAAGAGCCUCACCUACAGAACACACUCAGCCUGCGAUCCUGCGUUCAAGACCCCAUUGCUGCCUUCCGAAAGGGUGUCCUGGAGCCCAUAGCCGGCCUGCGCAAGGAGCGCAGGCUACCUGAAGAAGACUACAUCAUAUUGGUUGACAGCCUUAAUGAGGCAGAAUUCCAUAAGCCUGACUAUGGGGACACCAUUGCCACUUUCAUUACCAAAAUAAUCUCCAAAUUUCCGCUCUGGCUUAAGCUGGUGGUCACAGUAAGGACAGGCCUGGUGGAAAUCACUACCCUUCUUCCCUUCUCUGGCAUCUCUCUGGACAUCCUGCCAGACAGCAGUGAUCUGGGAGCUGACCUGAGUGAUUACAUCCAUCACCGGGUCAGCAGCAGCACACAGGUCGCCGCGAACGUCACCACGCCAACAGGCUCGGCCCCUGAUCAGCUGCUCCUCAGCAAGUUUAGCAGCCACCUGUCAACACGGAGCCACGGCUCCAUCCUAUACCUUCAGCUGACCCUGGAUCUGUUCCACAAAGGACACCUGGCUCUGAAAGGAGGAAACUACCUGGUGGUGCCUGUUUCCCUGUCAGAGGUGUACCUGCUGAUGUGUCGUGUGAGCUUUCCGGAUAAAGAGGUCUUUGAACGGAUACUUCCGGUGCUAAAUGUGGCACUGGCAUCUCUGCACCCACUGACUGAUGAACAAAUGUUCAGGGCACUGAAUGCAGGCAGUGUGAGGGGGGAGCUAGAGUGGAAAGACUUCCAGCUGAGAUUAGACAGCCUGGCUGGAUUCAUGGUGAGACGCAGGGAUGGUACACGGAUGCUGUGUCAUCCCUCCUUCAGAGAGUGGCUGGUUUGGAGAGCAGAUGGAGAGAGCACAGACUUUCUCUGUGACCCUAGGAGUGGCCACGCUCUCCUGGCCUUCAUGUUCUCCAGACAGGAGGGUAAGCUGAACCGGCAGCAGACUAUGGAACUGGGACACCACAUCCUCAAGGCUCACAUAUUCAAGGGUCUGAGUAAGAAGACAGGUGUGUCCUCCAGCGUUCUUCAAGCGAUGUGGGUGAACUGCAGCACAGACAGUUUGUCCGCUGCACUGGCCUCCCUGAGGAACUUAUAUACACCGAACAUCAAGGUAAGUCGUCUGUUGAUGCUAGGUGGUGCCAGUGUGACCUGGUGUACAGAGGUGGUAGGACACGCCCCGAUUCUUGCUGUUCACGCCCACCUGGGGCACUUGGAGAUGGUAGCGCUGCUGCUUGAAAUGGGCGCUCCCGUAGAAGGGACCACUGACAGCGGCAUGACGCCACUCUGUCUGGCAGCAGCUGCAGGACACACCGACAUCGUCAGCCUGCUCUGCAAGAAAGGGGCCAAGGUGGGCCAUGCUGAUAAGAAUGGCCAGUGUGCACUGGUCCAUGCCGGGCUGAAGGGCCAUGCAGAAAUCAUCAACAUAUUACUGGGCCAGGAUUGGGGAGCAGAGAUCCCCACUGACCCACAGCAGCAUCACAGCAAUGAGACUGUGACUGGAAAAAAACAGGCAGCACAGCAGGCAGCUACAGCUGCAGCUAGCGUGGGACACACACAGGUGGUGAAGAGCUUGCUGGACUUGAAAGAUGAACAGCUGGCAGUGCAGAUGGACGCUCACGACUCUCUCUGGGGAGAAACGGUGCUGAGCGCAGCAGCAGGGAGGGGGAGGAUGGAGAUGUGUUCGUUCCUCCUGGAGGGGGGGCCAGGCCUGGAGAUACCCAACCGCAGGGGGAUGGUCCCGCUGCUCAGUGCCACCAAACAUGGACACACACAGGUUGCAGAGUUGCUGCUGAAGCAAGGUGCAGAUAUCAAUGUCAGCGACAAGCUGGGUCGCACUGCACUGAUGCUGGCUGCCUCUGAGGGCCAUAUGAGCACUGCAGAACUCCUGCUGUCUAAGGGUGCCUCUCUGUCCUCUGCUGAUCAGGAGGGGCUGACUGCACUUAGCUGGGCCUGUCUGAAAGGCCAGAAAGACGCCGUGCAGCUUCUGGUGGAGGCAGGCGCAGACCUGAACCAACCAGACAAACAGGGACGGACUCCUCUCGACCUAGCUGCUCUUAAUGGGGAUGCAGAUACAGUGCAUUGUCUGGUGGAACAUGGAGCAGUGCUGGAAAGGGCCGACAACAACGGUACCAGAGGUUCAGACAGGACGACGGGCUGCCAGAACCCGGCCCUGGUGGCCUCGCUGCUUAAGAAAGGAUCAAAGAUGGGCUACAGAACGGCUCCGCAUGAUCGAUCAGGUCAUGCUACGUGGGCUAUGGCUUCCUCCAAACCAGAUAUUCUCCUCAUCCUGCUGCAGAAGCUGAUGGAGGAGGGUAACAUACUUUACAAGAAGGGACGUAUGAAGGAGGCAGGCCAGCGUUAUCAGUAUGCCCUGAGGAAGCUACCUCGUGAGGGGCAAGGAGAGGAGCUGAAAGGGCUCAAAGACCUGCGGGUCUCCCUCUAUUUAAACCUUUCCCGCUGCCGCAGGAAAACCAAUGAUUUUGGAAUAGCUGAGGAGUUUGCAACAAAAGCCUUGGAACUCAAGCCCAGGUCUUAUGAAGCGUAUUAUGCCAGAGCACGUGCCAAGAGGAGUAGCAGGCAGUUUGCUGCAGCGCUGGCAGACCUCCACGAAGCAGCACGACUCUCCCCGUCCAACCGGGAGAUCCGGCGCCUGCUGGUACGGGUAGAGGAGGAAUGCAAACAUCAUCAGAAGAUAUCCAGCAACAACACGACACAAGGUUACAACAGGGACCCACACACCCACCACCAUCAAGCCACAGAGGAGGAGACAGACGUCUAUUCACAGGGAAGUCUGGAGAGGCAAGUCCCCGCAGAGCAAACUGAUGCAGAGAAGGAGGAAGAGAAGGAGGAUGGUGAGGAGGUGAGCCUGCAGUGUGGGAAAAGUCCAGAAUUUUGGCCACUGAAUCCGUACGCUCCAAACAGGACUCUCCCUGGAGGUGUGGCCUUUGGUUUGGCAGAUCAGUCGCCAUGUUAUCCUCAAGAGGAAUAUGUGCAGAACCAACUGUUUGUGGAAAUGCCUGAGCCUGUUCCUGCUAUCAACAGGCAGACCCAGAACCAGAGCAGCAGGACUCAUCACCACUGCCACUCCCUGCAGUCAGGGAGCAGAGUUGGGGGCAGGCCUCUCUCUCUGUGCGGUCCAUCCAGUCCUUUGCCAGGCAGACACAUCUCCACCUCCCUGAGGCCAACACCGGUGAUGGGUAUUGACAUCGGCCCUGGAUCAGCCAACGAACAUUCUGGACACAGCCCCACUGAGCACUAUCACCCCAUGUCCCCCAACAGCUCCUCACCACCUGGGCCUCUCCAGAUGUAUCAGCCCCGCUCCUCCAGCUUCUCCAGGGGCUCUGACAGACUCUCCACCCACUCUGUGGCUCUGGAGGGCCUGGCUCUCGCUCUGGGGUCUGGUAUAGAGGUUAGGAGGGAGGGCGGUGGAGGAGGAACAGCAGGCUCAAGGGGCUCCAGCUCCAGUCAGGCCUCCAGUGGGAACCUAUCAGACGGUGGCAGACAGCAGGUACAGGACGCUCCAUGCCCCAUUAAGAGCAGUGGUAGCUUCAAGACAAAACCUGAGCUAAAGCCUCGGCCCUUUAUGGGGGUAAUGGACAAAUCAGUGCGAGUCCAGGGCCAGCAGACCUCUGGCCUGAGCCGACAGGGACAGGGGGGAGGAGGGGUAGAGAGUUUCAGCAUGUCAGUGAUGGAGUUUCAAGGGUUCAACAACGACUUCAAACGUGCUUCAUUCCAGGAGCAGCUCUCUGGAAGUCAGGCCAACAGCCAGCAGCAGGGCCGGGACUUUGGAGAGCGGCUCCACCAGAGAGAGGCCAGAGGCACCACGUCCUCCCAGCUUCGCUUCCCUGAAGGAAGGCACAGACAGGCGAGCCUAACAAGAGACAACCCGGCUCUGCAUAUGGCUCCCAUCAAACCCAAACGCUCAUUUAUAGAGUCCAACGUCUGAAUAUAGUUUAUCAAAGCACAGAUACAGGCCAUUUUCAACAAACUAAGUCCCACAUAAGGUAGCAAGGGAGACUGGUUUGAGAACAGUCCCUUCCCUGAGCCUGUUUUGUAGAGUUAUGCUGCUGCACUGCAUUUACAAUCUAGAACCAGUGUUCAACUCAGGCUACUAUGCUUUUGCUUUACUUACAUGUCUACAGCUACACUAGUGUAUUCAAUAAAACCUGACAUACCUUAAGUAGGGAUUUAAAAAAUAAGUAGUAUAUUGUCUAAACUUUUAAUUUAUUAUAUCAAAUAUAAAGUCAGAGAAAGCUUUGUGCACGAAUAUAAAAACCUCAUGUUAUUAGUUGCAGGAUAUGACCAUUUCUAUUGUCAAGUGUCUUUUAAAAAACAUUUAUAUUUGUACGGUGUACACUAUAUUUGCAGAUUAUAUAUUUCCCUGUAAGUGGUUAUCUGUCAGCAUUACGGGCUUAAAAAGAAAUUACUUUGUGAACUUGAGAUUCUUUUUCUUGGUACAUUUGAUAAAAAAAAGGCACUGUACAUGACAUUGUUGGAAACUUAUUGUCAUAAUCUACUACUGAAUUGAUUGCUUCAAUAUUCACAGUAUAUGUUUAUUUAUUUUUGCAUAGCAGAGAACAUAUUCAUAUGGAGUGUUUAUUGAUUUAUUUGGACACAGAGAGAGCAAUUACACGAGCAACAGUUGCAGUAUAACAACUCUUAAGAGACGUCUUACACUGCUGUAUGUCCAUAGUUAUCAUAUACCCUUUUCAGAGUCAUACUAUGGAUUACAGAAUGUUACCACAUCAUUAGUGUGGUAUAAUAAAAUAUUAAUGGAGGACUACA